AUGUUCCGACUGCUGAAGGUUGUGGGGAAUGUCACCACCCACGACCUUGUUCGCAGCCUGGAGCGAUUGAGUAAUGCGACCUUGACAAGAAAAAUGCCUGACCGCUAUAAAUCUUUUCUUCGAAUGUCAAGACAAUACGACUAUCUCAUCAGAGCUAAACGCGCUGGCCGGGGACAUUGUCCUAAUGGUCUUCAAACCACUGGAGCUGGGGGUUUGGCCGUACAAUGCUGGGCUUGUCCAGAUCCCGAACGUAAUCUACCGGAGGGGUGGCAAGACGCUCCCCAGAGCGACUCAUUCCUCUAUGCAUUAAUGCUCACCAUCGACGCCAACUUUAGGCUCAAAAACCGCAUUCGGUCUAACGAGCGUGAUGACCCGUCGCUAUGUGCGGGCCAGGGCUAUUUCGUUCUCAACGAGCCCUACAAGCAUCAUCUGCGUAACUACGUGGCUGAAGAGGAUUUACGCCAAUAUGGAUUGGGUAGUGCUAUCCGCUCUGCGCUGGACCACCGUACGGCGAUUGGUGUUAUCCUACGACAUCGCUUAUCAGUGGAAGCAGCGUUUGAAACUGCGGGCCAAGGUUUUGCAGCAGCAAACAAGGCCCCGUUCCCUUGGGCUGGGUCGAAGGCCAUCGGCACCGACCUCGAUAACUAUGACAUCCAAUUUGCACUCCCCGUUUGGCACGCAGCAGCAGCGCACGAAACAAGCUGCCAGGCGGCAAAUUCUUUGAGCCAUGCCGUUGGUGUUGGGCGUACCAAUGGGAAGGCAUCGAGAGAACAAAAGGUCGACUAUUUGAACUUUGAGAAGAACGUGAAGGAGGGGGACACGUUGGCGAGGAAGAUGAUCAUCGCAAUGGCGGAACGUGACAGGCAAAGGGAGCAAUUCGAAGAGGUCGAUGUCAGCCUGACCCCGGCAAUGCGGACGGAUUGGCAAGGAAGACUGGAUCGUUGGAAUGCCAACCCAUCUGCUCCGAAUCCUUAUGUCCUCGAUGGUAAUCAAGGUCGGUCGGAGGCACAAAUACUUGCCGAUUUGAAGCGCGCCGAACUGGAAGACCUGCGAGCGGGACGUCAGGCUGCGAUGCUCGGAGACAUGACUGCUGUCGCAUUCAUCAAGGCGGCCUUGCAGCUGGAGGAUAUGCAGCGACGCAUCACUGCCGAGGUCAAGGAAUCAACCAACUUGACUGCUGAGCGCUCAAGUCAGAUUGACGAACAACGAGCAUCGUUCUACAAGAAGCUUCAUAGCUGGGAAACACAUCAACGGGUAUUCAUGCCGGGGGUUGGCGCCUUACGCCUGAAGGAGGAGGAGAAAAGGGAAUCCUGA